AUGUUGACAUUUAAGAGAAGCUUCUCUAAAUGCCUAAAACUAUCUGAGCAACUGAAACCGUCUCUGCAUAAGGCGUACCAGGAGCUUUUCCAGCAGAAAUGUUUUGACCCGAUCAGAGACCAACUACCAGAGGAUCUGAAGGAUUUGGAUCCCUAUGAGGUCUCGUCCAAGAUUGGCGAGUCUCUUUCGCAACGUCCAAAAACAAGCUUUAAACAACAAGGUUUCAUUCACAAUGCAAUGAUCGAACAAUUGGCCGGUCACGAUUACAGUAUCGCCACCAUACAUUCUAAAAAGCUGCAAGAAAUUAACGAACCGUUGACCUCCAAAGCAUUGCUAGAGGUUAUUAAGAACAACCCAGGACGAGUGAACAGUUCGUGGGAACUUUUUGUGACAUAUAGUAAGAUAUUUGGAACUCUAUCACAAGAUAUUUUACUCGAGGUUUUGAACAAAGUGGUUUAUUUUGAUUCCGCUGAGAUUAACGAUGGCAAGAAAGCAUUGGACAUUUAUGACAUCACCCAUGCCAUCUACCUCUUAGACCAUAUUAGCGACCGCAACUUGAUAAAAAGGGGGUUGAUUGAUAAACUCACAAAGGACACCAUUGACUUGGAUGCUUCUUACAUUUUGCCAGCAUUGCUAAAUUUUGAUCCCUCUUUCGAUCUUUUCCUAGAAAAGUUAGACAAGUUAACACCAUAUCAACUGUACCUAAUCUAUCCAUACGUUCCGAAAGACCUGCUAAAAACCAAUAAAGAGCUACUGUAUGCAAUGUUGUCAAACAUCGGCGAAAAUAAAAUUAUCGACUUCACAGACGAGGAGACUGCGGCCUUCCAUAGUAUUGUUGAACAAUUUGAAAGUGUGAAAUUGAAACUGUCUGAUAACAGUUGGAAUCCGGAGAGUACUCUCAACAUGAAACCUGUUUCCACGGAAAGCGAAUUUGAUGAUCUGCUAGAUUUCAUUUCAAAAGAAGAUCUCCACAAAUCUGACAUUGGACUGGCUAAGAAGGUGUUGAGAUCGAUCGGUAUGUUCAGAAACGAUACCAAGUUAUUUAUGGAACUGUACCGCAUUUUACUGUCCUCGCAUUGCGGUAAGGAGGAAGAUAUAUUUUUUGAGGUCUUCUUAGCAAUGGCAUACCAGAGCUUUAAGACAGCAGAUAAGGCUUCUUGGGAGUUUGCUGAGGCUUUUGUCCCCGAGACAGCAUCAGAUGCUACCAGAGCUAAAAUUCUAACCGUCCAAAUCUUAGCCCUGUCCAAAUUCGACAUAGAUGAAUCGUUGAAAAUUUACAACGCUAAUAUCCAGCAACUUAGUAAGGAGAAGAACAAUAAGACGGAAACAUCGCCGAGCGAUAAUUUAACGGAAGCAUUGAUUCUUGGCUACUUGGCCAACAAAGACCUAGAUUUUGCAAGGGUGAUCUUGGAGGGGGCCACAGGUAGCAAGACAUUAUCUGGUUUGACCGCCGUCAAAAGCAUCAAGCAGGCGCUGUCAGAUUAUGGUGAGGCCGCAGAGAAUGGUGAAAUAGAUACCUUGAUGAACGAAAAAAUUCUACGCUACUUGGCUGGAAUGUAA